GUAACUUUAAAGAUUCCAAACUUAAUGGAGAAUCGUUUUCAAACAUUUUUGGCGAUAUGUUUAGAAUCAGAUUUACAAAGCAUUGGUAACUGAACUCUGAAAUAUAUUUUCAAAUGCAAAGCUUGUUGUUGGUUAUGGAAGCAAACAUCGCAUACAAAUGAGAGCUUAAGGGAAUUGCAACACGGUAUAAAUGUGUUUUUAAAUAUUAGGAAUCACAUUGGUGAAUAAAACAGCGGAGGAAAGCCGCGUCACAUUAAUGGCGUAUUUAGACGAAGCAUGGUGUGGCGUAGCACUUUGCCUGACGGCAAUCCUCUCCACAUUGCUUUGGAUAAGCACGAAAUAACGUGUCAUUUAUUAGAAAUGGGAAUAUUAUCGGAUUUUAUCCAAUUCCAUUUAAAGGAAUUGCCUUACUUGCUUGUGAAGGCGUUUCAAAUGGCAAAAAAAAAAAAAAAAAAAAAAAAAGAAGGAAGAAAAAAAGAAAUGAGAAAAAAAAAACCAAAGUAAAAAAAAAUUCUCGGAAUGGAGGAUACAGUGAUAUUGCCGAAUGCCCUCUUAAUGUUCUAUUGUCAUGCGGAAACACGAAACGCAUCCAUUCAUUAAGCAGGAUUUAUUGAUCGAUUAAGUCCUAGAUUCAAGGAUUUUUAGCAUUCCGUGAAUUUGUUCAAAGUGUCUUUCUCAUUGUUCUCGCUUUUGUGAUCAGUAAUCUAUGAAACAUUCCCUAACUACCCAAAUCGUCUUGUUAUUUGUAUCACCUGCAUGUCUUGUUAUUUGUAUCACCUGCAUGCGCGUCUUGUUAUUUGCAUCACCUGUCUUGUUAUUUGUAUCACCUGCACGUUAUCGAAAGGUCUUCUGUAUCAUGUAAAUUUUGUCCAUUUUUGUAGAAUUAAUUUUGCUGCAGUGGGCGACACUGGCCUUUUUGAACUUAAAAGUUGUUGCGUUACCACGAUCCCAGACGUCUGAAUGAAAAUAACUGGAAUCAGCGGCCUUGAUUUUUGUAAACGUUAAGGUAAAGAAAAUGGUUGGAGCAUGACUGAGAAUGACCUCAAGCCACUCUGAUUCCGACAAUCCGAAAAUAAAACUGGCCAUUUUGGGUGCCCCGGGGGUGGGGAAAACCUCCAUCGCCAGGCAGUUCGUGUGUAACCACUUCACGGAGGACUAUGAACCCACGGAGCAAAGGGAGCUGUAUUACCCAUCGAUCAUAAUUAACGACCACCUGUACGACCUGAAAAUCAUUGACUGUCCGUAUAUUCCGUAUUUUCCGGUGAAUUCUCUGUAUGAGUGGACGGACUUCCGGGGCUACGGACUGAGAAAUGCUACCGCCUACAUUCUAGUGUAUGACAUUACAGCAGAAGAGAGUUUUCAAUAUAUUAAAACUCUACGUGAACAAAUUUUGGAAAGCAGAAAUAUGCACGACGUCCCUAUAUUUGUUGUGGGGAACAAACACGACUUGUCGGACGAAAGGGGUUUAUCACGGAGGGAAGUCGCCAAUCUAGUGAAAAAACAGUGGAAAUGUGGGUACGUGGAAUGUUCCGCCAAAUUUAACUGGCACAUCAUCCUGCUUUUUAAAGAGCUGAUGAAGACGAUAGAUUAUAUUGACCAUGGCCACAAACCCACGUCCGUCCGGGUGCAAGCUGUGCUUAGGAGAAAUAGGUGCGUUAUCCUUUGAAACAACGAGAUCUCAGCGCUUUGCUGUUGCCAAAAUAACACUUUUAAGUUCUGUGAAAACGAAAAGAACCUUCGUCAUUUCGGGGAAUAAAUUUCCGCAGAAACAUGGUACAGUCUUUGAUCUCAGUGUAAAGAAAGAACGAAAGAAGAAAUCGGAAAUCGCACGUAGGUAAACAUUGGAAUAAUGUGACGCUCAUCACAAUUAAAUUGUACCGUUUGUAAAAAA